UGGCAUCAGGCGUCCCAGGUCGCUGUUCACGGGUACAGCGGGUUUUGCUCCGCGAAGCAUUCCAAAGCUGCCAGUGCAGCCAAUCAUCUUACACUUGAUGCAUCACCAACGAUGCCACCACUAUGCUCGUAUACACCCAGUCCAAAACGGCUAGCGACUUGCCCAUUCAAGGCCGUCAUCGUGCCCUCAUCCAGAUCGGAGCCAUCCUGAAACCUGCCCGAUCUUCACCCAUGACUGGCUACAAUUGCUACUCCACAAUUAUAAAAAUAACGCAAGCGUAAUUCCUUCCAGAUGAUGAUGGCGAGUAAUAUUCCGGCAUUUGUAAUGUAGAUGGCUCAGCUCUAGGCGUACAUCCGGAUAUAAAUUCUAUCAAAUCCUCAUCCUAGUUACAGUCAAAAUAACAAACUCAGUUCUCUAUUACUACUACCGCCAUCAUGAAGACAACAACUCUACUAUUUCUCACCGCGGGUCUUACCCAAACCCAUGCAUUCCCAUCCCAAGGAGCAGCACCGCAUCCGCUACCAUGGUCCCCUCCAGGCCCUAACGAUGUACGCGCCCCCUGCCCAAUGCUCAACACUCUCGCCAACCACGGCUACCUCCCGCACAACGGCAAAAACAUCACCGAGCAACACACCAUCAACGCUCUCUACAACGCCCUCGGCAUCGACGCAGAACUCUCCAAAUUCCUCCACCAAGAAGCAGUAACCACCAACCCAACCCCCAACGCUACUACCUUCUCCCUGAAUGAUCUAAGCCGUCAUGAUAUCCUCGAACAUGAUGCUAGCUUGAGCCGCCAAGACGCCUACUUCGGCGACAACCACGACUUCAACCAAACCAUCUUCGACGAAACUCGCUCAUACUGGACCUCCCCAAUCAUCGACGUGAAGCAGGCUGCUCUGUCUCGCCAAGCACGUGUGAAUACCUCUAUGGCUACGAAUCCGAAUUAUACCAUGUCGGAGCUGGGUGCGUCGUUUAGUUAUGGGGAGACGGCGGCGUAUAUUAUUGUCCUUGGGGAUAAGGAGAAUGGGUUGGUAAAUCGGUCGAGGGUGGAGUAUCUUUUUGAGAAUGAACGUCUUCCGCUGGAUCUAGGGUGGAGUCGGGCAAAGGAGAAUAUCACGUUUGAUGAUUUGAGCACAAUGUUGGAUAGGAUUGUUAAUGCUACGGGUGGGGAGAGUGAGUUUGACAGGGAGUUGGCGAAGAGGGGUGGGGUGCAUUUUGGGAGGUGGAGGGGGUAGAUUUCAUUUGUUCUCGGUGUGUGGGUUGGGAGUGGGUUGGAGGAUAGUACAGGAAGUGGGUAUCGGUUUGAUUGAUGGAUGGGUACGAAAUGGGCUUUGAGUCGUCCACUUUGCUGCCCUGAUUGGCAUAUACGAGUUAUGUCUUUAUGAAACCUGUUGUUCGGAUUUUAAAUUUGAAUAACAUAUUAUCAAUAUCGUUUGCUGCUUUGAGAAGGAUUUUAGUCCUAGUUUGACGGUCAUUGAUGUUCUCAUCCUUAUAAUUGCACGGUAUGACGGAUAUGGCGAGGAACAUCGACUCUUCCUAGUAGCUAUACUAUCACAGCUUACUC